AAUUUUCUUAUAUCUCAUUUUACUAGACCCAUUUGUCCUCGAUACGUAAAUUUUUGCAUUUUAUUUGAACAAAUCGGUGUUUCCGCUUUCCUUUUAUUUUACCAUCGAGCCACCAGCAAUCGACUAUGCGUGUCUGCUUUGAUGCAGUGCGCAUGCGCAGGGAGAAGGUAAACGAUGCAGAUGUGACUGAGGCGACGCUAAACUUGAAUUCUCUCCAUUUUAAGCACUUAUUCAGAAUGAAAGCGUUUAUUCUGGCUGUCGUUUGUGUCUGCGGCUUUGCUGCUGGGAGUGAAGACGAGAGGCUGCCCAAUAAAUGCGAAGUUUGUAAGUUUCUAACAAUGGAGCUGGAGGAGGCUCUGGAGAAAACUGGUCGCUCUAAAGAGGUUCUGGAGGUUGGAGAGGUGCUGGACACAGGCAAGAGGAGGAGGAAGAUUAAAUACAACACCUCAGAAACCCGUCUGACCGAGGCCGUGGACAACAUAUGCGAGCGCAUCCUGCAGUACAGCGUUCACGCCGAGAGGCCUGGCAGCCUCAGAUACGCCAAGGGCUCCAGUCAGACCAUGACGACGCUGAAGAAUCUGGUCAACAAAGGAGUGAAAGUAGACCUGGGCAUGCCAUAUGAGCUCUGGGACGAGCCGUCUGCGGAGGUGACAAAUAUGAAAAAACAGUGCGAGACGAUGCUGGAGCAGUACGAGGACGUGGUGGAGGAUUGGUACUUCCACCAUCAGGACCGGAGGCUGGAGAACUUCCUCUGUGAGAACCACGUCCUGAAGAUGUCAGAGCGAGAAUGUCUUCAGGAGGUGUGGAAAGGCGACGUGGGUCUUAAAGGAGGAGCCGAGGAAGAAAAGAGAGCAGAUAAAGAGGGAACGGCACACGAUGCCGGAGAACUUUGAGGGGAAAACCUUUGGAUGAAAGUGAACACUACACCUCGGCUGCAUCUCAGAGGACGGAAGCAGAAAUUAUGCAUAGAGGAAGUCUGUUAUUCUGUUUGCAGAUGGAUAAUCUGCAUGUUGCAACGUGACACUUUAUAUAUUAUUUGCAUCAGAACAGUAUUUCUACUUCAUAUUGCCCCAUGUACAGUUUUAUACAUUUGAAAUAAACCUUUUUAACAACAUAAACUGCUUAUGCUGUUGUCUUUAAACUCAUCAUUGGAAGGUGGUGUCAGAGGUGCUGCUCCGGUAAUCGCUUCUAAUCAGAUUCAGCUGUGUGGCUCCUGCAGACAGACGCCAUCAGAGAGCCAGACAAUGCCUCGUCUUGCUGCUUAUUUCAUCUUCUCUGUCUGUUUUCUGAGAGCUCGGAGCUACACGAAUCAAACCGAACCGGUUUUUCUACCUCACAUCUGACCCGGCUGCUUCGGAGGUCAGCUCUCAGGCUCUUGAGGUGAGCUGUCAGGAGGACAGCAUGGAGAUAGUGAUGAGACCUCUCACCUGUUGGACCCCAACCACCCCGAGCAGCUUGUCGGACUGAGGCUCGGGCCAUCUGGCUCUGGACGGGAUCGCUGCGCCGCCAGCCGCUCCGCAGAUGGAGAGUUCAUCAUCAGGGCUCCUCCGGCUGAGUGUGGGAGCAGAGCGACGGUCGGUUACAGACGGCGCGGUGCUGAACAGCAACAUGCUGCUGUUCUUCUUCUUCCCUGGAUCUUCACCUGGUGAGACGUUCAAGACGGAGGGAGCUGCUGUUCCUGUGCUGUGUCGGUACAGAAGAUGACUGGAGCAGAGAGAGAAACUCACCUCUUUACUUCAUGAGUGAGAUGGUGGACAUCCUGGCCUCGAUAGACCACCAUCAUCAUCAUCAUCACCCUCCUCCCUCCGCCUGCAUGCAGGCAGCUGCGUGGCCACCCUGACUCCUGAUGUGGACUCUCGGCCCAGAUACCCCUUCAUAGACCACCAGGGGCGAGCGCUGCGAUCUUUAACGUCUGCUGCGGUUCCUCCACGGCCGAUCCAUCCACUUCCUGCUUCGCAUUAUGUCCGGGCUGCAGGGGUUAAAUCUGAUAAGGACAUGCCUGUUGUUUGCAGAUGUUUCACAGACUCCCAGCUGAGCGGCUCCGGCUCUCGCUUCCUGCCCCGGGUCCGGGACGACCUCCUUCACAUUCAGCUGGAGCCUUUCCUCUUCCAUCAGGACCGGACACGCUCUAUUUACAUCACUUGCUACCUGGAAGCUGUUUCCCUCUCUUAGAAGGACCCAGAG